CACGUGUCUCUGUCAUUACAUUACUACACUACUUGUGUACAUACGAAAAGACAGACCCUGUCUAUACACGCACACGGCACACACAUACAUAUACUGUAUAUAUAUAUAUACGCGAACGGAGGGUUAAGUCUCUUCUCUUCUUCUUCUCUUGGCUAUCACGUCAACAAUGGCUUCUCUUUUGACUUCUCCUUUAACAAAGCCCAAGCCUUUCUGCCUCUCUUCAUCUACACGAAUACUAACAACAUCACCGUCCUUAAACUUCACCAGAGUCUCAUUCACCCACAGCCAAAAGCUCGCUCCUUUCAAGCUCCCGAGUCUCCUCUCCGCAUUCUCCGAAAAGAGUCAGAAACGAGAUGUCACCGCAUCAGCAGCGGAUAGGGAGUCGGGAGAUUACAGAAGGAUAAUGCUGUCCGAUGUGAUGGUGAAGAAGAAGAAGGAUGAGAACCCUUGGUGGGAAAGAGAAUGGUCACCGAUGGACUUUGGAGCUGUUGCUGUGGUGUUGUCAAUGCAUGUGCUUAGCUUGUUGGCUCCGUUUCAUUUCAACUGGAGAGCUGUUUCGGUUGCUUUUGGGCUUUAUGUCGUUACUGGGCUUCUGGGUGUUACUCUAUCUUUCCAUAGGAAUCUCUCUCAUAAAAGCUUCAAGCUUCCUAAAUGGCUUGAGUACUUGUUUGCUUAUUUUGGAGCUCAAGCUCUUCAGGGGAACCCUAUUGAUUGGGUGAGUACACAUAGGUACCAUCAUCAGUUCUGUGAUUCAGACAGAGAUCCUCAUAGUCCGCUUGAUGGGUUUUGGUUUAGUCACAUGAAUUGGAUGUUUGAUGCCAAUACUAUCACGCAAAGGGUUGGUGAGCGGAAUAAUGUUGGAGAUUUAGAGAAGCAGCCUUUCUAUCAGUUCCUUAGAUCUACUUACAUUUGGCAUCCCUUGGCUCUAGCUGUUGCUCUAUACGCAUUGGGAGGCUUCCCUUUCGUUGUUUGGGGAAUGGGUGUAAGAAUAGUAUGGAUGUAUCAUAUAACUUGGCUAGUGAACUCAGCUUGUCAUGUAUGGGGGGAACAAGCAUGGAACACUGGAGAUUUGUCUAAGAACAACUGGAUGGUAGCAGCUCUUGCGUUUGGAGAAGGAUGGCACAACAAUCACCACGCUUUCGAGUUCUCGGCUCGACAUGGCCUAGAAUGGUGGCAACUUGAUAUGACUUGGUAUGUGGUUAGAUUCCUCCAAGCUAUUGGUUUAGCAACCGAUGUUAAGCUGCCUUCAGAAGCUCAGAAACAACGAAUGACAUUGACCAACGACUAAUCGUAUAACUAUGUGUGGUUAUGACCAGAAUCAAACUAUACAAUUGGCGCUAUGAAAGUUAAAAAAGGUUUUGUGCUUUUUUGUGUGUUUACAUAAAGGUAUAUAUGUCUGUGCAAGAGACUGUAUGUGACAAACUGAUUAUGAAUUUUAAACUACUAUAGUUACAUUCAA